GGGUCUCGUGACGUCAUCUCCGGGCGCCGAGGGUGACUGGACCUGUGGUGGGCUUCCAGGGCUCCGCGGCGUUGCAGGUUACAUUCGCUGCAUACCGGAGGGCGGAAGUGCAGGAGGGCUCGACUCCGACCUCCGCGCCGGUGCUUUCUGCGGCUGCGCGGGCUCUUCGGAGUCCUGCUCCCGCGCCUCCGCAGGACAGUGUGUCAGGCAGGCAGGCUGCACCGCCGCCCCACAGCUCCGCCGGAGCCGGGCAUCUGAGCGUCUCCACUGGUGCGGAAGCCGGAGGGGGUGCUGGCGCUUCGGUUUGGCUUUGGUUGAAAAGAAUUUGGCCUGCAUGUACUGUCUUAACCACUGGAAGAAUGACAGAUGACAAAGAUGUGCUUCGAGAUGUGUGGUUUGGACGAAUUCCAACUUGCUUCACUCUGUAUCAGGAUGAGAUUACUGAAAGGGAAGCGGAACCAUACUAUUUGCUUUUGCCAAGAGUAAGUUAUUUGACGUUGGUAACUGACAAAGUGAAAAAGCACUUUCAGAAGGUUAUGAGACAAGAAGACGUUAGUGAGAUAUGGUUUGAAUAUGAAGGCACACCACUGAAAUGGCAUUAUCCAAUUGGUUUGCUGUUUGAUCUUCUUGCAUCAAGUUCACCUCUUCCUUGGAACAUCACAGUACAUUUUAAGAGUUUUCCUGAAAAGGACCUUCUGCACUGUCCAUCUAAGGAUGUAAUUGAAGCUCAUUUUAUGUCCUGUAUGAAAGAAGCCGAUGCUUUAAAGCAUAAAAGUCAAGUAAUCAAUGAAAUGCAGAAGAAAGAUCACAAGCAGCUCUGGAUGGGAUUACAAAAUGAUAGAUUUGACCAGUUUUGGGCCAUCAACCGGAAACUCAUGGAAUAUCCUGCAGAAGAAAAUGGAUUUCGUUAUAUUCCCUUCAGAAUAUAUCAGACUACAACUGAACGUCCUUUCAUUCAGAAGCUGUUCCGGCCUGUGGCUGCAGAUGGACAGUUACACACACUAGGAGACCUCCUCAGAGAAGUCUGUCCUUCUGCUGUUGCUCCUGAAGAUGGGGAAAAAAAGAAUCAAGUGAUGAUUCAUGGAAUUGAGCCCAUGUUGGAAACACCUCUGCAGUGGCUCAGUGAACAUCUGAGCUACCCGGAUAAUUUUCUUCAUAUUAGUAUCAUCCCACAACCAACAGAUUGAAGGAUCAACUGUUUGCCUGACCGGAAUCACCCUUAAACAGGAUUUUCCAGAGCAUGUCACCCUCCUGCUUCAGUCAGGGUCGGUGGAGGCAGCCUGACCAGAAACACUGCACAUGCUGCGAGCAGAGCAGGCACGAGAUUCCACGUCAGAUAAGGCAACUGGGCUGGUCUGUCUGUGCAUCACCACUGCUUUCCUCCACUGCCGUCGGUAAACCUCAGCCGUGACACGAAAGAUCCGCAGGACCACUGCAAGUCUUCUGUUUUCUUGUAAAAUAUAAUGAAGCCUAAACCUUUGGCCUAUGAAGAUGUGCCACUCGGUUUGUAUUUCUGAUUAACAAAUAAACAGAGAUAUUUCCUAAGGUGAUGAUGAUGAACUUUAGCUUGAGAGAGUGGAAACAUUGGUUUAAUUUUCAAGAGAAUUACACUUAAGAAAGUAAAAGAGAAAUUCUGUUAUCAAUAACUUGCAGUAAUUUUUUUUGUAAUAGAUUGAAUUACAGUAAACCCAUCUUUCCUUAAUGAAAAUUUCCUAUGUUUACAGUCUGUCUAUUGGUAUGCAAACAAUCUUGUAACUUUGAUAAUGAACAGUGAGAGAUUUUUAAAUAAAGCCUCUAAAUAUGUUUUGUCAUUUAAUAACAUAUAGUUUUGUCAGUUUUCAAGUACUUUCUGCCUCACAUAUGGUAGAUCACUUUUUACUCUGCUACCAUUCUGAUGGGUGGUCAUUGGCAGGGGCUGAUGUAGGGCAUAGGAUGACACAUCUCAGGAGCUGUCAUAGAAUUUCUUGCUGCCGACUUUAAAAUCUGUGUUCUCUAUACACUAAAGGUAUACAUAAUGUAACUGUUUCUCUUUGCUGUUUAUCAUUGUAAGCCUGUCAAAUCGUAGGAUGCCGAGCACCUGUGUGAGAUCAUUUUGCAUUUUUGGAAAAUCCCAUUCUUUUCCAAGCUAGUGUUUUCCGUUGGCUCCAGGUUUAAUUUUUCACUACAGUCCCCUGGCAGCCAAUCUUUGAAGUCUCAAAAUUACCUAUCUUCUGACUGCAGCAUCUUUUCCUUAAUUUUACCAAGAAUAACCAGGGGUAACUGGAGUUCUUACUCAACAUAAGGAAGGAUUGUUGUACUUUAUUACCAAGCUGCUGGGAUUUUACCAGUUGAACAUGCUUGUGCAUUGCAGUUGCUUUCUUCUGAGCUGGCUUGGUGUCCACUGUGAGUAUGCUCACACAGUAAUGGUCAUAGAUCCCGUAAAAAAGGAAUGUUUUUCUUAAAAAAUCAUACAAAUGUUGAAGUGAGGUCCUGCUAGUGCUCACUACUUCCUUUUCUUUUUCGUGUUGUUAUUUUCACUGAUGAAAAGUAAAUUAUUCAUAGAAUGAGAUAAAGUUGAUCUAAUAUUCUGGCAUAGAAAUUAUAAGGCUCAGUCAAAAAGAAUAACUUAGGGCACCAAUCACAGAAAAAUAGAAGCAAGUAGAAAACAAGUGGCCACUGUAAAUAAAAUGAAAGAAAACUGCCAUCUUAGUGAAAGAGGAAAAAAAUACUACCAAUAUUUGAGUUACGUAAGGAUAAAAAAUCCACUGACUUGUAUUUUUGCAAAAGAGGUUGGUCUGAAUAUGAUUGUUCACAUUAAAAGUGUUUGUUCCUCUGUUCGGUUUGGGGAUUUUCCCCCUGAUGUUUUGACAGACUGAAGUGAGCUUCGGUGAGCAAAAGGAUCAGAAUGCCAGGGAGUGCUAAACUGUGAUGAAGAAAGUGCAGUGAGGAAGGGGAGCCAGAGCAGUUGCCCACAGACAGGACCAGUGAACGGUCUUUGCAGUGGGCUAAUGUGAGCUAUUGAUCUUUAUUUCUGGGUUUGAAAGUAAAGUUAAUCAAGCCAUUGCCCACUUUUACUUAUUCAUUAUUACACCAGCAUCAUAACUGUAUUACUCUCCUCCCAGGUAAGUGAAGCCAAUAAUACAGCAGAAGAGGAAUAAAACCAGACAUUAGAGCUGGCUUAGAUAUCUAUUUUUGUUUCUUUUUAUUUGAAUAUUUAAAUUUUAUGGUUUAUUAAAAAGUUAAAUAA